AUGCGAGUACAGAAAAGAAAUUUCAACUAUAACGUCGAACAACUACUUGACGAUGCAUUUGCUAGGGUGGCGCCUAAACGGGCCAAAACCGGUACAGGCCGCAAGAAGACCCCUGCUAAGAAAAAGAGCGGGAAGAAGCCUGUGAAUGAUGAUGCGGAUAAUGUAGAUGAUGACAUGCUAGAUGACAAUCGGCAUGAUGACCAGCGCGAUCAUGAAGACAUUGAUCGAGAAGAAAUUGAAGGUGACGAUCCAGUAGUAUACGAAAAUGGCAACCAAGAAGCCGAUGUUGUUCAAGACAACGGUUUCAUCGAAGGGAACAGCAAUGACAAUCAAAAUCCCAACGAUCAAGCUGUCCAGAAGCCCAGUCAGCCCAGAAUCACUUCUGGAUCCAAUAAGACGAAAGCUAGCAACAAGACAAAGAAGGAAGAGAAUGGAAAUAAAGCUGUGAACGAGCCUAGAGACCAGUCUGCAGGAGAAAUGAUCGCGGGAAGAGAAGAGGCUCUUGCGGCUCCAUCUCGGGGAGAUGUCCCGAAUGAGCUCGCUCAAGAAGUUAUGGAAGGUAUUGCGGAAAAAAACGUCGCAAGAGAAGAAAAAUCGUUCAUACAUCAAAACUCCGACACGCCAGUCGAAGACAACGAGGCUCCAAGCAGAAGAACUUCGGGGCAGCGACCUACAGGAUUUGAAUGGGAAGUGUUUCAACAGAGCGUUCAGGAAGAGAAUCAUAAGCACAUGGUGAAAUUGCACGUGGAAAACGUUGAACCAACAGCCGCAGAGUUAAAAGAGGCUCUUGACAUACGGGAAAAGGAUCUUGCCGCGCGAGAAAAGGAUCUCGCAAAAAGAUGGCUAGCUCUUGCAGCUCACGAGAACUUUGUCAACUUGUCAUACAAGGUUCAGUUAGGUUCUUAUUGGUUCAAGCUUCCCGCAGAACUGAGGAAUCGAAUCUACAAGGACGUGCUGAUAGCCGAUGACAAUCUUCUCCUGGAGCGGAUAAGAUGGCCAUCAUCGCGUACCCACGCUAUAAACAGAAACAAACACCCAGAAAGAUUCUGCCCGCAGCUUCUUCAAGUAUGUAAACGGAUCAACUCAGAAGUCGUAAAUUUCCUCUGGGGCGAGAAUACGUUCCAAUUCGAAGAUCUAAACGUCGGACAGAGCUUCAUCAUGAGGUCCGCUUCACGAGCGCAGCAGAUACGCCGGAUCCGGACCCAAUACGUAAUAUUGCAUAAGCAAAGAGAGGAUUUCUUCGAUUGUCUCGCUUUCCUGCCGAACCUGGAGCGGGUCGAAAUCGACCUUGUUUGGACGGUAGGGCUUCAAACUAGUGAGAACGAUGCCCACCUCUUUUGGGUCGCAGCCCAGAAAUGGUUCAAAGCGUCCGCCUUGCGAGCGGGCAAUAGGGGGCAGGCUGCAUUAGAUCUGCUCGUUAUAACAAGUUAUAAUGACAGCAUUGGGAAUCCGGUAUCUCAGGCCGAAAUCGAUCGAUUUCGUCAUGAUAUCGAGGGUGAGGUAUAUCACUACCUGUAG